ACGACCGCGAACGAGAUCAUAUCAAGAGGGCUUAACUUGAAGAUGCCAGCACCAGACUGGUUUCGCGAGUCCUUUGUAGGGAUUUUGUUGCGUGGUGCGUUUGGGCCAAAGCUUGAUUUUCUGAAGUAUCCCGAAGAGAUCGAGGGACAGUUCCCGGAGCAGUAUACGAAGGAGUAUAUUGAGCGGGAGACCGCGGCUCGUGAGCAGGAGAAGGAGGAGAAUCAACGACGACAGGAACGAGGCCGAACUCGUAAGGAUCCCAAUGUUGUAACGUGGUACUCCGACAUCGAUCCCGAAAACCCUGCCAACUGGUCCCUUGGAAAACGAUGUUCCGUCACCGCCUUGAUCUGUCUAUUGACUUUCGCAGUCUACAUCGGGUCAUCCAUCUACUCCCCCGGCAUCCCCGAUAUCGAACAACGCUGGGGGAUCACCCAAGUCCCUGCGACACUUGGUCUUACAGCCUUCGUUGCAGGAUACGGCAUCGGACCGAUGUUCCUUUCACCGCUGAGCGAGAUCCCGGCGAUUGGGAGAAAUACGAUUUACAUCAUCUGUCUUAUCAUUUUUGUUUGUUUGCAGGUGCCUACUGCGUUGUGCGGUGGCCUCGGCGCAUUGAUUCCGUUGCGAUUUGCUGCGGGUUUUGUUGGGUCGCCGCCGCUUGCUACGGGUGGAGCGAGCAUUGGUGAUAUGUUCGGGCCCAAGAAGCGCGCGUACCCUAUUGCUAUCUGGGGGUGCGCAGCUGUCUGUGGACCCGUGCUCGGUCCUCUCCUUGGUGGUUUCGCUGCGGACGCGAAUGGAUGGCGAUGGACGUUUUGGGUGUUGUUGUGGUUGAGUGGUGGAAGUCUCUUGAUCCUCGCUUUCUUCCUCCCUGAAACGAGCGCGGAGAACAUCCUCGUUAAGCGUGCCCGCAGACUGAGGAAGUUGACCGGUAACAAAGACCUCAAAUCGGAAGGCGAGAUAGAGCAGAGUCAGAUGACAGUCAGCCAAGUUGCUGUCAUGAGCCUCUGGCGUCCAUUCCAGUUGACGUUUGGUGAACCUAUCGUCUUCUUGCUCGACCUCUACAUUGCUCUCGUGUACGGUAUUCUCUAUAUCUGGUUCGAGUCGUUCGCGAUUGUUUUCACCGAGUUCUACGGUUUCAACCUCGGAGAGGAAGGUUUGGCGUUCAUGGGCAUUCUCGUAAUGACAAUCAUCACCACGUUCGGAUACUUCGCCUACUCAUACUUUUACCUCGAGAAGAAAUUCGAUGAUGAGGGUAAUCUUCGCCCCGUCGAGCUGCGGUUGCAGGCGGCGAUGUUUGCGUCGAUCUGGAUCCCGAUCUGCCUCUUCUGGUUCGGAUGGACGUCUCGUCCCCGUAUUCACUGGAUUGUCCCCAUCAUCGGAUCCUCAUUUUUCUCAGUGGGUGCGUUCCUUCUCUUCCAGUGUGUCAUCAACUACCUCGGAGACGCGUACCCCAAAUACGCAGCGAGUGUCUAUGCCGGAAACGAUUUCUUCCGUGCGGCGUUUGGUGCUGGGUUCCCGUUGAUUGCGACUCCGUUGUUUGCGAACUUGGGUAUUGGAUGGGGAUGUUCGUUGCUUGGGUUCAUUAGUGUGGGGAUGAUUCCGAUUCCGUUCGUGUUGUAUCGGUAUGGAGGUUGGUUGAGGAAGAAGAGUAAGUACGCGAAGAAGCAUGAUUGAGAAGCAGGAAUACCGGUUGAGAUGUAUGAUUAUGAAACAAAGACGUGCCAAAACGAUAAUAGGAGAAUUUGCUACAUAAUAGCUAUCGUGCAGAACUCUAUAUAAGAGG